UUCGGCUCGCAUGCGUUUGCCAAGUUUGCCCCAGGUAUGGCACAGGCGGUGAUCAUUUCAGUUGCAGACCCUCUUUGGAAGCGCGCUACGCUCAAGCUGUCAAAGUGGGAGAAUCAUCGUACGACUCAGGCGUAUGAGAACAGCAUCAUUACCAAGCGAUUUGCCUUUCAGUUUGUGUCCAACUACAUUACAUUGUUUUAUAUCGCGUUUGUCAAGCCAUUCACGCCAUCAGACCCUUGCCUUUUGGAUGCAUCUGGAGCUCCGGACUGCAUGGUUGAGCUUGGGAUGCUGCUCACUUCAUUGCUCAUCACAAAGGCGACGGUGCAGCAGUUCAUAG